UCGUCACUUUGUCUUCUUCUUCGACUCACAACAACACUACGAAAGUUAUUUUGCCCCCACCCUGUCUUGUGUUAUUAUUUCACAUAGUGUGUGAUUAAGAUACAAACUAAAUUAUAUAACUUGUCAUCAAGUUUUUUUUUGGAACUGUCAAAAUGAAAGUUCCAGCAAAAGAAUUUCAUGUUAAAUACUCCUACAACUGCCGUCAUUUUAAAUUACCAUCUGACCGGAAACCACUUCGACGCACAAAUUCGAAAUCGAAAUCUGUCAAAUGUCGUUCGAAGGAUAAUAAUAACCGCUGUCAUUUUGACAAUCCGGAUGUGGAUAAUGAUUAUGAUUUGAUUAAUGAGGAGAACCAUUUUUGCAAGUUGGAUAGCAGCUGUUGUGAAUGUGAAGACUGUUGUGACGUAGACAGUGGUCAUAUCAGCCGAUGCAGCAGUAGAAAUAGUACCAGCAGCAGUUGUAGAAGCAGCGAAAAUAACGAUGUUUUUAUAACAAUGCCAUGGUUUGGUAUGGAUAUUGGAGGUACACUGACAAAAUUAGUGUAUUUUGAACCAAAAGAUAUAACACCCGAUGAACAAGAUCAGGAAGCUGAAAUUCUACGCAACAUUCGAAGAUAUUUAACAAAGAAUUCAGCCUAUGGAAAGACUGGCCAUCGAGAUACACAUUUGCAGAUGGACAAUGUAGUGAUUCGCAAACGACGUGGCUCGCUACAUUUCAUUCGAUUCCAAACCUCCGACAUGGGUAACUUUUUAUCCUUAGCCAAAGCGAAAGGUAUGGCUGAACUAGUAACAACAGUUUGUGCGACUGGUGGUGGUGCCUAUAAAUUCGAAAAGAAUUUCAGAGAUGAAGUUAACAUGAAACUAGCUAAAUUUGAUGAAUUAGAUACAUUAAUCAAAGGAAUUCUCUUUGCUGAGAUUCAAAACAAAACCGAGUGCUAUUUUUACGAGAAUGCCAGUGAUAUUUUAAAGAGCCAGAUAUGUGCAUUUGACUUCUCCCAACCAUAUCCCUUUAUAUUGGUUAAUGUUGGCUCAGGAGUUUCCAUUUUAGCUGUCUAUGGACCGAACAACUAUAAACGUAUUUCUGGUACAAGUUUAGGCGGAGGAACAUUCCUGGGAUUGUGUUGUCUACUGACUGGAUGUACAACAUUCGAAGAAGCUAUACAACUUGCCACUAAAGGAGACAACAGAAAAGUCGAUAAGCUAGUCAGAGACAUCUAUGGUGGAGACUAUGAACGAUUUGGUUUGACUGGUGAUCUCGUUGCAUCCAGCUAUGGUCAAAUGCACCUGAAAGAAAAAAGAGCUUCAGUAUCCCGCGAAGAUCUCGCCAAUGCCACUCUUGUAACAAUCACAAAUAAUAUUGGUUCAAUUGCAAGGAUGUGUGCCCUAAAUGCCAAAAUUGAUAAGAUAGUCUUUGUUGGAAAUUUUCUGCGUGUGAAUCCAAUUUCAAUGAAACUGCUUGCCUAUGCCAUGGACUUUUGGUCCGAUCAUACAAUGAAAGCACUCUUCCUCGAGCACGAAGGUUACUUUGGUGCUUUGGGUUGUUUGUUGCAGUUCAAUGGAGAAAUAGCCGCUGCACUAAAUGAAACUGAUGACGACGCACAGGCAGCAGAAUCUGUUGUUUCAGAUAAUACUGCCUCCUCACAAACUGCAUCAUCGUCUUCAAACGAAGACGCAACAUCAUCGACAUCAUCAUCAUCCACAACAGAAAUAAAAAAGGAUCACAACAAUUAACAAUUGAUUGUGGUUCCUCAUUAAAAAAAAAAAUGUGAUCUAAUUAUUCUAUUCUUCAUUUUUUUGUUCUAUAUAAUAUCUCUGUGAGCAGCAAACUUAAAUUUAAGUGGUUUGUUACAAUUUUUUUCAAACACAUAGAUUACUAUUUUUGUUUAUUUUUUUUUGUCAUUAAUGCAAUAUUUAUAUAUAUAUUUAUAUAUAUCAUUUCUGUUUUGUUUGAGAGGAAGUUUUUUUAAAAAAUCAUCUAAAAAAAAAAAGGUCGAACUGGUGUAAUUAGUUUGAAAGAACUAAAAGAGCGAUGGUAGAUAGAUAGAGAAGAACUAAAUUAUGUAAAAGAGAACAAACAAAAAUAAAAUAGUAGAAAAAUCAUAAAUCAAUCCGUCAAACGUGUUAUUUAGAUAAAUUCCGUUUCUGUGUAUAAAAUAUAUUUUUUUAUAUAUGAAGUGUAUGUAUGAUUUAAAUUAUGUAUUUCGUUCUAGAGAUAAGUUUAAAGAAAAACAGAAAAGAAAAAUGAAACAAAAACAAAAAAAACAAUGAAGAAUACACAAAUAAAUUUAUGUUUAUUUAUAAAUUAA